CUCCAUCGUCCUCCGCCCUCCAUGUCAGGCUGCCCCGCCCCGUUCAGCAAGCCGGCUUCGCGCUUGGGGAACCCUACGAAUCCCGCCAUCUGCCGGUGUCCCCCAUCGUCGCCUGGAGCUUCCCAAAUCCCAACAUCCGCCAGCCCCGGGCCGUCAUCAAUCCACGCAGGCAUCUCAUUUCCCUAGGUCCCAACAGUCCCGCCGCAACUCGUGGGAAGAAGGGGACGUGAGUGGGAAUUCCCGGCCCCUAAGGUUUUGAUACAUACCCGAUACCACCCCGCCUAAAAAGUUCCUGGACAAGAGCACCCGCAUUUGCAUUUGCACUUGCACGCCAGUCGCAUCUCCCUUCCGACCUACGGACCCAGCGUCGACCUCUACAAUCUAAACAUACCUUAGUCUACCCGCCCGUGAUACCUCUGCCGCCGCAAAACGCGCCUCUUCUUUGUCGCCUCCACUCUGCCACGGCACCGAACCCGUAGUAAAGCUUCAACAAGAUGAUGGGCCUUGUAACUGGUCGCCGUAGGGCUACAUCUACUGCUAGCAGCAAAUCUUCUGGUGAUGCCAACCAAGAUGUCGCCGAGGACGAUACACUCGUUGUUGAGCCCGAUCAGGGAAACGUCCUGUCGCAUAUCAUCUCGCAGCUCAGACCCGGCGCCGAUCUUAGCAGAGUCGUCUUGCCAACCUUCAUCCUCGAACCUCGAAGCAUGUUGGAACGGAUAACAAAUUUCAUGUGCCAUCCCGAGAUGCUCCUACCCAUCCCCGAAAUCGAUGACCCGGUACAGAGGUUCGUGGCGGUAGUUAAGUUCUACCUAAGUGGCUGGCAUAUCCGCCCUCCGGGUGUCAAGAAGCCGCUGAACCCCGUCCUUGGCGAGAUUUUCACCUGCUACUGGGACUUCCCCGACAAGACGCGAGGCUAUUACAUCUCCGAGCAAACAUCACACCAUCCUCCCAAGUCGAGCUACUUCUACAUGGUUCCUGGCCAUAACAUCAGAGUUGAUGGCACACUCAAGCCUCGAAGCAAAUUCUUGGGCAACUCUGCGGCGAGUAUGAUGGAGGGUAUCGCAAUCUUGAGUCUUCUGAACCGAGGCAAGGAUCCUCAGAGGGGAGAGCGAUACAUUCUCACUCAGCCCAACAUGUACGCAAGAGGAAUAUUGUUUGGCAAGAUGAAAUAUGAAUUGGGAGACCACAGUUAUGUGCGAUGCCCCGAACUCGACCUUGUGGCCGAUGUCGAGUUCAAGACAAAGGGCUGGGUCAGCGGCACCUACAACGCCAUCGGUGGAACUAUUCGGAGGGAGAGUACCGGCGAAAUCCUGUACGAGCUGUCGGGUCUAUGGAGCGAAGAGAUGUACUUGCGAGAUGUCAAGACUGGGCACAAAGAGAUGUUCUUCAACGCUUUGCACGCAAAAUCUAGUCCUCCGAUUGCACGCCCGAUUGAAGAGCAAGAAGAACGGGAAUCACAAAAGAUUUGGGCUGCGACAGCCAAGGCGGUCAAGGAACGAAACCACGAACUGGCCACUAUUGAGAAAACCAAAAUCGAAGACCAACAGCGCGAGGAGGCCGCCAAGCGAAUCAAUGACGGCGUAGAAUGGCAUCCGCGCCUUUUCCGGAUGGUCAGGGGAGGCCCUGGCGGCUCUGAAGAGGGCGAAGAGGACCUCGAGUGGAUCAUCAAUGCAACAAUAGAUGGGGAUACUCCAGAGAAGCAGGCUGAGCAGAUCAUGGCGAUUUAUCCCAUUUUGAAAGGUCAGCGGUUCGUUGAGAAGAACACCAUCCCCCCUCGAACUCCCGUAGCGAGUCCCAGUAAAGAAGCCCAUCCUCCCGUCCCAACGAUAGACCACGAAAAGCUGGGUCACGAGGAAGCUGCUGCGGGGUCAGAGCUGGUAGAUACGGCGCCAAAGGUGCAUCCGCCGUUGGAUCCUUCCCAUGAAAGCACCACGGAGAUUCAAACGCUGCUUGUCGCUACGGGUGCCGUCGCUAAAGAGGGACCUCUGAUCGAUUUCCACGAUGACAUGGCUAAAGAUUUGCCUCCUAUCAAGAAGGUCGACACGGACGAUUCGCAUGACGAGUUUGUGGAUGCACAGAACUAAAGGUCUGUCAGUUCGCAUGAAUACCAACCGACAUAUUACUGGCCGUGCUGUGGGACAAACGUGUAAUUUUAUCCAAGAUACCUCUGAUCAUUUGCAUAUCUGCUUUUCCCCUUCCCCUUUUUCGAAAUGGCGAGUGUCUGGGUCACCCCAUGAGGUCAUAUAGAGGUCUGUAUAAUCCUACCUCUGCCCUGAUACUGAGGAUAACACCGACUUGGUCACUCAGUCCCGGAAUUACCUGUUUCCAAUCAUGAUGCGGAAGAAGAGAAUUGAUGUCACUUGCCCUUCAGUAUCGUGUACAAUAUUUACAGCAGCUGUAAAAGUGACUAUGAGGUGAUUGAA